AUGGAACGCACAGCUAUUUGGACUCACGUUCAGAAUACUGCUCCGGCGUCAUCUUCAAAGCCCAAUACGCCCGUCAGAAUGUUCAGGCGUGGGGCUCAGGUCUUCCCUCUGCCCGGCCAAUGCUUGCGUGUCGGCGUGUUGCCCCAUCCAAAGGAUACUACCACUGAUAGGAGCGCCGCGGGCUCCUCGCGGUCGGUGACUUCUGACGACGAUGACUGCGUGGACGAUGUGCCACCCAGUCCUCCCGAGAGUGAGCUAUCAUAUUCUGCGGAAGAAGACUGGGGCGAGGAUGGGCAAGGACCCGAUGAUCUCGAUGAGCCUUGGGAAUACACGUUCGCUCGUGGCGAGUCUGUGUGGGUGAAGGCCACAGAUGGCAACUGGUAUCGUGGCACCGUAUCAGCCUUGAAGAUCAAAAAAGACAAAACACGUCAGAGUGAAGGCUUAUACUAUCCUGUCAUCUUUGGACAGGCCCCCAAAUUGCGGAAAUACUUUGCUCCCCUGAAUGGCGAGAUCAAACCCGACUCGUACAUCACACGGCGCCUGCUGCGUGAGGCGGGUUAUGGAAUCUCGAAUGAUAGAAAAUUUGCUUCGCCGUAUUAG